AUGAAAGGUGGACUUCGCAAAUUGAUUGGUGAACUUGGGAGGGCGUACGUCAGUAGGUACGAGGGCUCGCCGGCAAUCGGUCAGUGGUUGAUAAAAGACCCUAAUAAGGAAAGCGCUCAAAAAGUGCAGGACUACGAUCAAAAUAUGAUUCUGACGACUGACGGAAGACACGGUGCGAAAGUGUUUUUGACUUGCGCGACGAUGCUUUUUAAUGAGUCGCAUCAUUUGUUCUACCACGGCGGUAAAGAGUGGCGUAAAAUUCGUGUACAAACGAAAACUGAUAAUGAUGUGAAUGACCUACAGAAAUAUUUACUAAAAUCCGGUUACCAAAUUCCGAGUCUCAUCAACGAAAACAACACCGGUCGAGAUGUCGCGGUGCGUUUAAGUAGAGUGUUCAGAAAUCAUGGUGAAUUCAAUAGAGAGCCUACCGACUUUAAAUCUUGGGAAGACUACAAAGAGUACUAUAGACACGGUAAAGGUAUUCUAUUGAAACUGUUCACCCACCUACACGAAUACUACGAAGUCUGCCACUACGGUACCAUGUUCGCCACCAAGCAACCGUCGAGCGUAUACGAAAUGCUGCUAUGGUUGUCCGGUUUUCCAUACAAUCCUGUCUACCAACCGUUGUCAUUUAACGGAUUCAGUGAGCUGUUUGAGAAGGAGGAGAACAACGCUGCUAACAGUGAGGGGGACGAAAUCUUGCUUGAAACCGACGACGCCGAUAGUCUGCCUGCCUACCCGGAGAACAUCACCGUUGGAGGAAUAUCAGGCAUACUGACGGAAGUAUGCCAUCAGGCUCACGACGUACUGACGACGAUACUUGGCCAUGGACAGGCGGACGGAAUAUACGCGGUGGACUUCAACACUAAUUCGCAAGGCUUCUCGUACCCCUCUCGCUACGGCCAAUGCAUCGAUAUGCUAGCAGACAUACUGCAUCGUCUUUACCAACAGCUCUACUUCGUAUACUGCCAAUGCUGCAACGACGAAAUCUGUUCCGGCUGGCGGGGUUGUUUGUAUGGCAAUGCAAUCGGUGGGUCAGACUGGAAGUGCAAUUCAAAGCAAUGCGCUGACCAAAAGUGUAACCAAAAGGUCAACCAAACGUGUGAGUUACACCCUAAGUGCGGUGUAAAGUCACCGUUACAGUCAUACUUAGAGGAUGGUUUACCUGGCUUCUUACCACAUUCAUUAAAGAAACCAGGUUGCAAAUUGGAAUGCACGGUGUCCAACCAUCGCGGCAUACCGUGUAAGACACCGAUGGGAUUUAAUGAAAUCAGCGUUAUGGCAUCGCAUACUAAAAACGGUGAACAUCUUAGGAAGGUGCUUGAUGCAUUUUGUGGAAAGCAGGAUAGUCCACUUACGAAACUUUGUGGUUACUUCAUGUGUCUUAUGCAGAAACCGCCGCAAUCGCUAGGUGAUGUAUACGCGUAUUAUUAUAGUUAUCUCGCGUAUUACACUGGCGGCUUUUAUGAAGUCACAAAGUCGCAUACGCAUACUCAAGCGGCAUUCAAAGAAGCCAUCAACGAAGCAUAUUUCGGCAAUCAGUAUGAAGCUCUUGAUCCCAGCACAUUGUGCAGUAGUAAAGUACACAAAAGCAGUCAUGCCAACGGUGAUCUGAUCAGCAUCACUGACUGUAAAACCGGCUCGAAUAAGCCGUGUGGUCUUUACGUUCAGCCACUGGCAUUAAACACCUACAGCUAUUAUUCCAACAAGCAUAAGACCAAUCACCUGUCUUGGAUCGUUUACAUCACGGAGACUUUUUACGACCUGUUGAAGAAACUGUAUGACGACUGCUGUGGAACCUGCAAGAAGCCUGGUAGCAGGUGCUAUGAAAAAUGCUGUACUGAAGGAUGCGAAGUAAAAAAGGCAUAUGAAGCAAUAGAGUCAAAGAGUGAUAACACUGAUGCAAAGAAACUCGACGGCAAGAAUCACGACAAAAAUUGCAAGUCAAUAGUACAGUGCCGCAACACACAUCCUAAUCUGUAUAAAUACGGUUUCACAUUCGGCAAUCCAUUGGGUCUCAGUGGCAUCGCAAAUAAUAUAGCUACGCAGAGGACGUGCAAAGAUUUCUGUGAAGCGUUGAAAUUGAUGCUUGGUGAGAAAUCUCUGCUUAUUGAAUUACGCAAGCAAAUCGAUCAAUUCUUGUGGGAUAUUAGAACA